AUGAACCCUCCCGGUAAGAAUGCUUUCACGGAUGUCGAGGAUGUUGUUACGGCCACCUCGAGGGAAUUCAAUCAGUCGAAUAUGCGUCGUCCGGAGGAAGAGAGAGAAAAGGAAGAGAGAGAGAAGAAAGAGAAGGAAGAACGAGAGAGGAAAGAGAAGGAAGAGAAGGAAAAGGAAGAAAAGAAAAAGAAGAAAGAGAAGGAAAAGAAGAAGAAAGAAAAGAAAAAGAAACAGGAGGAAGAAGAGAAAAAGAAACAAGAGGAAGAGGAGCAGAAGAAGCGAAGAGAAGAAGAAGAAAAACGAAAGCAAGAGGAAGAAGAGGAGAAGAAGAAAGAGAAGAAAAAGCAGAAGAAAGAAGAGAGGAAGAAGAAAGAGGAAGAAGAAGAAAAAAGAAAGCAAGAAGAAGAAGAGCAAAGGAAGAAGAAAGAAAAGAAGAAGCAAAAGAAGCAAGAGCGGAAACAGCAAGAGCAUGAACAGAUGCAGCAACGUGAUUAUGGAGCAUCCCCCAAUCCUGGGCACCCCUACACACCUAUCUACGGAGCGGCACCGCAACCUCCUCUCUGUCCCUACCCCAGUCUCUGCGUGCAACCUUGCUACAAUCACAAGGGCAACUGUCCGCCGAUCCAGCACGCGGAGAAUGCGGCUCGCGCGGUUGCUGUCGCCGGGCCGGGACUUGGUGUUGACCUUGGUGGCCUUGUUGGAGCGCAAAUUUCACCAGCUGGCGUAGGCGUAAAUAUUCUGGGAGCUUCUGCCAAGCUCGGAUUCAGCGUGUUUGAAUUGUAG